UGGAGAUUCAUUUCGGCCAGGCCCGUUACCUACCUUAUCCUGGCUUCCUCUGUCAAUUUUCUUGGCUCUCCUGAGCACUAAUCAACCACCUAAUUUGCGAACCCUCACGGGCCAUAGCCUGGCACCGACGAAGCCGCAGUUCCUUAUCCACGUGGACAGACUACAGCUAUUGGUGAUCUCUGCCGUGUCCUCAAUUUCCCACGCUCCCCAACAGAAUGCCCCUGUCACGAUAGUCGUGCUGGUAUUGGAUCCUUUGUCCCCCCACGCCCCGGUCCCCCGGUCCGUCUCAACAUGUCUUACCCCAACGCUCCGGGUCAUGAUGCCGGCCUGGGUCGCAAUUUUCCAUCUCACCAGGGUAUCCAACCAUCACCUGACCCUCAGGUCCCAGCUAAUAUUGAGAUCGACAAGGUUGAACGCGCAAGUUCUAUCGCCACAUCCGCAGAACCGACCGGUGUCAAUGACCAGUCACCUUUCCGUCGCCUGUCUCUGUCCAGGACAGGCCAUAUUUCCCUGGACGACGUCGAGCCAGUGGACGUCCACAUUCGAGGGCUUUCCGUCACCGUUGACACCGCCCCCUCCUGGCUCGAGCCUUCGACUUACCCUGAGCUUGCAAGACAAAAGUUCCAACCCAGGCCCCAGUCCAAGAAAUUGCUGCGAGAUGUCAAUGCGUCUCUCCCCCCCGGCACUCUCACCGCUAUCAUUGGAGGAAGCGGCUCGGGCAAGACCACCCUGCUCAACACCAUGUCUGAGCGCACGAUCAGCUCUCGUCUUUCGCAGGAGGGCCUCAUCACCUUCAAUGGCAACCCCGGCAUCCACAGCGUGAGACACGCCUACGUCAUGCAGCAGGACAUUUUGCUCUCCGCUCUGACUGUCCGAGAAACUUUGCAAUACUCUGCCAAUCUGCGACUGCCACCGUCUACCACGCAGCAGGAACGUGCGCAGAUAGUGGAAGAGGUGAUUCUCGAACUCGGACUAAAGGAAUGUGCCAAUACGCGGAUAGGGAACCACCAGCAUCGUGGCUGCUCAGGAGGCGAGAGGCGCAGGGUCAGCAUCGGCGUGCAGCUUCUAGCCAACCCUUCGGUCUUAUUCCUAGACGAACCCACGACCGGCCUUGACGCGACAAGUGCUUUCCAGUUGGUCAGGACGCUGAAAAGCCUGGCAAGCAAGGGAAGGACCAUCAUCACCACUAUCCAUCAACCCCGAUCCGAGAUAUGGGACCUUUUCGACAACCUUAUUAUUUUGGCCAGAGGGUGUCCCGUCUACUCGGGCAGAGCCAGCGAAUGUGUGGCUUGGUUUGGGGCCUUGGGCUUCCAGCUUCCCCCAUUUGUCAACCCCGCCGAACACCUGAUCGACAUAGCUGCCGUCGACAACCGAACGCCAGAACUUGAGGCGGAAAGCACCGCCAGAGUUGGGAGACUUCACGAUGCUUGGUAUGAGGAAAGCACAAAGUGUUUCCUUCCUCCAGAGAAGAUUGCAGACCCAUCAUGUCGCCAACCUGCGAGCUCAGACGCGACUCGCCAUGCCACCUACACUCGGCAACUGCGUAUGUUAACGGACCGAACCUUCAAGGUCACCCAUCGUGAUCCCUUGGGCAUGCUUGCCGCCAUCCUCGAGGCCAUCCUGAUGGGUCUCGUCACUGGCUACAUCUUCUUCGACCUGCCCCGAGACGACUCGGGCAUACGGUCUCGACAAGGCGCGCUUUACACUGCUUCCGGGCUGCAGGGUUAUCUCAUCCUCAUCUUCGAGAUCUAUCGGCUCAGCAUUGACAUGCCCACGUUCGACCGAGAACGCACAGAGAACUGCGUGGAUGCAAUCCCCUUCCUCCUUUCCCGCCGCCUCGCCCGACUGCCCACCGAAGACUUCCCGGUUCCGUUCCUCUUUUCGGUCAUCUUCUACUUCAUGGCCGGUUUCGACAGAGAUGCCAAUCAGUUCUUUAUAUUUUUUGCCAUCACGCUUCUCAACCAUUACAUCGCCAUGACAUGUGCUAUGGCAUGCGUCACCGCCGUCAGACACUUCCCGGGCGCCAGUCUCCUCGCCAACUUGAUAUAUACUAUGCAGAGCAUGGCCUGUGGCAUGUUCGUUCAGUCGGAAAGCAUUCCCGUUUAUGUACGGUGGCUCAAGUAUAUCACAUAUACCUACUAUGUCUUCAGUGCCUACUGCGGGAAUGAGUUUGAACGUGCUUUUUACAACUGCCCUCUCCCGGGCGGGCGAUCCAACCCCGCUUGCAACCAAUAUACGGGAGAGUUCAUCAUGAAAUCGCUCGGAUUUCCUGACAACUGGGUCUGGCGACCAAUUCUUGUCAUGGUCGCCUUCGUCGUGUUCUUCUGCAUCGUGUCAUGGAUUGGCCUUCAAUUCAUCCCUGUUAAGAUGACUAUUGCAAGAGCGAGGAACUCCGACACCGAUCUGUCUGCGGGUAAAGAGAAACUGAGAGCCAAGGCCAAUUCAGAGGUCCGCACAAUCGACGUGGGACUGGACCAUUUCACUUUGGACUUGCACAAGCGCUCGCCUCUCGCGAAAAAGUCGCCUGUCACGAGAAUUCUAAACCCUGUCACCACCACCUUCCAUGCAGGUGUCCUCAACAUCAUCAUGGGCCCGUCCGGCAGCGGGAAGACGUCGUUACUCAACUCCAUGGCUCUGCGCCUCCACAACACCAUGGGGACACAGUACAAGCCAUCCGGCAAGCUUACGUUUAACGGAGCUGUUCCGUCUGCUUCCGUGAUUCGCUCCGUCUGCUCCUAUGUCUGUCAGGACGACGACGCACUCCUCCCCUCGCUUACCGUGCGCGAGACCCUUCGCUUCUCUGCGGGGCUCAGGCUACCUUCGUGGAUGAGCAGGGAGGAGAAGUAUAGUCGCGCCGAGGACGUGCUCCUCAAGAUGGGGUUGAAAGACUGUGCGGACAAUCUCGUCGGCAGCGACCUGAUCAAAGGCAUCUCAGGUGGCGAGAAACGUCGAGUAUCUAUCGCCGUCCAGCUUUUAAGCGACCCACGCGUUUUAUUACUCGACGAGCCGACAAGCGGUCUAGACGCCUUCACCGCCAACUCCAUCAUGGAGGUGCUUCGGGGAUUAGCCAUGGAAGGGAGGACACUUAUUCUCACCAUCCACCAGGCCCGUUCAGACCUAUACAAGCAUUUCGGCAACGUCUUGCUCCUUGCCCGGGGCGGGAUCCCCGCCUACGCGGGCCCAGCUGGCGAGAUGAUGACCUACUUGAACCGUCUGGGUUUUGACUGCCCGUCUCAUACGAACCCUGCAGACUUCGCGCUUGACCUUGUCAUGGUGGAUCUGCAACAAGCGGACCGCGAGGCCGCGAGUAGAGUGAGGGUGAAGCGGCUGGUGGAUGCUUGGGAAGCACAUGUACAGGCCGCAAUCGCCAGGCAAGAGAGCGGAGCUUCUGGCAUUGUUCAUGAGUCUCGUUUAACCCCGGUCAAAGAGGCAGACGAAGGGACACCUGGGAUGACUUUGACACCAACAAUCGACAAACGACAACAUCAUACAAAGCAACCCAUUGUGUCUGAUGGAGGCAGUCUUGGUGGUGCCACUGACCCAGCAAAACGUGUUUGUCCACAACACGGGCGUGUCACAACGGAAACAUGCCAGUCGCCAAACCGCACGAUAGUAGCGACACCAGCAGAGCUUGGCGCGUUAGUGCGUAAGAGGGCACCCUUCACAAGUGCCGCGCCCCUUCUUAUUCAGCGAGCCCUCAUCAACUUCCGUCGCCAGCCGCCUCUUCUGCUCGCACGUACAAUGCAAGUUGUUGGCUUAGGGGUGGUGCUGACGCUGUUCUUCGCGCCGCUUGAGAACGAUCUUAUUUCGGUUCAAAACCGGAUGGGCUUUGUGCAGCAAGUUGGCUCCUUUUACUUCGUCGGCAUGCUGCAGAACGUGGCUGUAUACCCCGCCGAGCGCGAUGUAUUCUAUCGGGAAGACGACGACGGGGUUUACAGCGUCGAGGCUUUCCUGGCAAGCUAUACAUUGCUCGAGAUCCCGUUCGAAAUUAUCAGCUGCUUGAUCUUUGGCGUCUUGGCCGUUUUGGCCGUCGGCUUUCCACGUACCGCUGAGAUGUAUUUCGUCAGCGUGUUCUGCUGCUUCGCCAUCGUCAGCUGUGGCGAGAGCGUCGGCAUCAUGUUCAACACCCUAUUUAGCCACACCGGCUUUGCUGUCAACCUCACGAGCAUCUUCUUAUCCCUUGCACAGACGAUGGCGGGUAUUCUUUCCAUCGACAUGCCUGGGUUCCUGCAGGCACUCAACCACCUGAGUCCUAUUCGAUACGCGGCGAGAGCCCUUGCGCCAUUCAGUCUUCGUGAUGUGACAUUCUCGUGCACCGAGUCGCAAAAGCUACCCACGGGAGAGUGCCCGAUCCAAACCGGACAAGACGUGCUCGAUCUUUAUCAGUUAAAUGCCAAUGCCAGCGUUAAUAUCGCGGCACUGGCGGGUUGUGCUGUCGCUUAUAGGGUUGUUGCUUGGGUUCUUCUGCGGCUGAUACGAAGUAGAAUCAAAAUCUCGAAGUAGCUAGAAUCUAUCCGUUUUCAGGGUAUAAUGUAUCGAAUACAGCGUAACUGUAAAGGGUAAAUACCGUAUUGACCCAAUAAUUUUGGGAUUCGCACUAAUGACUAGGCACC